CCAAAACUGGUUGCACCACGAAACGUCAACAUGAACGUGGUACAAUAACCGAAGAUACAUUCAAUAUAUUAUUAAAAGAUGAGUCUUAGAAAUCGUGUUGCAAUGGCAGUACCAAUGGCUGUGAUAGGAGGAUAUGCCGUUUGGCAAUUAUGUAGUUCUAUUAAACAUGAAAUAACUAAAAGAAAACUAAAAUCUGGUAGACAACCAGAUAAAAUACAUAUUGUGACAACAGCUGCUGAAUGGGAAGAAAUCUGUCCUAUAAUACUUGACCACACAACAUAUACAAAGAUUAUUGGUUUAGAUUGUGAAUGGGUAAUAGAUAAAGCCAAGGGUAUAGUUCAUCCAGUAGCUUUACUUCAACUUGCUACAUAUAAAGGAUUAUGUGUACUGGUGAGAUUGUGCUGUAUGAAAUCAAGUAUUCCAAAAUCUUUAUUAAAACUUCUUUCUGAUAGAAGUAUAUUAAAGGUAGGAGUAGCAGUAAAAGAUGAUGGAAAGAAAUUAUUAAAUGAUUAUAGAAUACCUGUACAAGGAUGUGUUGAUCUUCGUCAUGUCUUAUCACGGGUUAGAGGAUACUAUCACUGUAAAACAAGGGGGUUAAAAGGAUUAGCUGAGGGUGUGUUAGGUUUUACUCUUCAAAAAGAUUCAUUAAUAAGAUGUGGUAACUGGGAAGCAGACGUGUUAUCAGAUAAACAGAUAGAAUAUGCUGCAUUAGACGCUUUAGUUGGAAUAGAUAUUUAUACCAAGCUUGUUAUAACCAAAUUAUUAGGUUAUAUACCUAGUAGAACAGAACUGGAUAAACCAAUCUACUCACAAGCUGAUUUUAACAGGGUAUCAACAUCAUUAUGUCAGGGACUGGUUGAUAUUGCCUAUAAAAGAAAUGUGGAUGAUACUUCUAAUAGUAAACAGUCAGUAAAUGGUGUAAGUAAUAAGAAAAAUAAAACGAGCAUGGUACGAGCGUAUUCAUCACGGAUUCGUCCAUUAUAUCAUAAUUGUCAUCUAGAAGCACCUGAUGGUCAGAUGUUAUGUACAUGUGAUUUAAGUAAAGCUAGAUGGUAUUUACAGAAAGGUUUGGGAGACAAAGUAAAUGAUGAUCCAUUAACAAUAAGAUUAAGAUUUGAACCAUCCGGCCGACCAGAAACAGAAGAGAAUUAUUAUUUACAAUAUAAAGAUAAUGUGUGUGUUGUUUGUGGCAAAUCAGAAUCAUAUAUCAGGAAAUUUAUUGUACCUCAAGAAUACAGAAAAUAUUUUCCGUAUUUGAUGAAAGCUCAUACAUCUCACGAUGUGUUAUUAUUAUGUCCACCUUGUCAUCAGAUUAGUUCCCAGUACGAUACCGAUGUUAGAUUACAACUAGCAGCUGAAUGUGACGCACCAUUAGAGUCGGGGAUUUCUUCAAAAUCGAUACAAGAUCAGGGUUUACAGAAAAUAAAAGCAGCUGCAAGGGCACUAACUUUAAGUAGAGCUAAAAUACCCGAGAAAAGAUUAAAAGAAUUAGAAGAAACAGUUAUGACAUAUUUUGGUGUUGAUGUUUUAACGGAUGAAUUAAUACAAGAAGUUCUAGAUAUGGAUAUUAGGGUAUAUAAUUCCGAAUACAUUCCACAUGCUCAAAAAGUUGUAAAUUAUAAAAAUAAACAUGGUGGAUUACUGGCCUUUGAGCGAAUGUGGCGUAAACAUUUUGUAGAUAUGAUGAAUCCCGAGUUUCUACCUCCACUUUGGUCUGUUGAUCACACCCAUCAACAAAUCGCUAAACUUAAUAAAACUUCGGGAGAACCUCACUACACGUAAAACAUAACCAUCAAGACAAACCCGCGGACAAGACAAACUUCUAGAGAACGUCACUACACGUGAAACAAAACCGAUAAGACCAACCAGCGGACAAGAUAAACUUCAGGAGAACAUCACUACACGUGAAACAAAACCGAUAAGACCAACCAGUGGACAAGAUAAACUUCAGGAGAACCUCAUGAUCACUACACGUAAAACAAAACCCACAAGACUAACCCGCGGACAAGACAAACUACACACACAUUGCAAGAAAUAAACAAUAACUAUCAAAUCAUAUUAGGAAGCUAGUAUGAAUGCCUUCUGAUAGCUAUCUGUCUUUCUGCAAGUGCAGGAGAACCACACUAAACUACACAAAACUGACAAGACCAACCUGUGGACAUGAUAAACUGGUUGAGACAUUAUAAGAAAUAAACAACGGAUAUCAAAUCAAGUGAAUGGAUCCACUGCGCUGUACAAUCCUGGCCUGUAAUGAUACCAGCUUUACUCAGAAUUAUAAAAAAAUCCAUGAUUUAUGUUGACGCAAAAAUAUAAAAGCUUAUUGUGAUAA